AUGAUGAAAUUUAGAAUUAUAUAUCUGUGGCCAUAUUGCGCACUAUGGAUACAUUGCAUUCUAAGUCGUGAGCCUUUGAAUUGUGACUUCGGAGAUCCACACGAUCUACUGAGCAGCAAUGCUCUCGUUUUCUGCCGCAUGGAUAUCGAUGACACUGAGGAUGCAAGUGUGGUGUGCCCUCGCCGAGUAAACAACACCGAAUAUGUAUGGCAUCCUCAACCAACGCCCGGCGAGAAUUCAAACAUCAAUGCAUACGUGAGCAAUGAAGGUACUUUCCAUCCUGUUGCGCUUUCGGACGUAAUAGUUACCGAAUCGCCAGUUGCAUACAUUUCGGUAGAAUCCGACGUAUCGCAAACGAAACUAAAGUUGGAUUUCCAGAUGGCAGAGAUAUAUGCCAUAACCGAACCCCGCUUGAUAUUCAUUUGUGGUCCACGAAACUUGGUACCGAGUGAUGCAUUGCAACGCCACCUCGACCGCCUCAAUGGAUUAGCCGAAAUGCAAGCAUUCCCAUGGUAUCCAGCUUCUCAGUUGACCCAAGAAAUAAAGAAGGUAGGAACAGGAUUGGGCAUAUUUAACGUUUACCGAGAUCGAACCCGGCUACCUCUUCAAGGCUGUGGCAGCCGCCAUUCUCCAAUAUUCUCUCCGGAUAAUAAGGUAGUCGUAGAUCGAGCGAUGGGCACGCGUUCAUGCGUGGCGGAUCCGGUGUCGUUAUCACCCAUAGGGUUCCUUUGCGAGGGCAGGAUUGAACCUGAGGAUUGCAUGAAAUCACUCUUGGACAAAAAUGGCGAAGUUGUGAAGGCUCCCCAACCACACUUUUAUUGGGCUUUUGAAAACAACAAACCUUUGGCUGUAGUACAAUAUUUUAACAAAUUAGCAUUAUCGCCUUUUCAUGGCGAAUGCAGGUGCGUCGAUCCCGAAACUGGGCGGGUGAAGGCCAGAAUUGAGAUCCGUUCAAAAAACGAAUACAUCUGUGAUAUCGCCAGCAUGAUAUUCCUUAACCGUUUCCGCCCCAUCCAUGGUCCUUGGUGUUCUGUGAUGUUACACCCAGGUAGUGCAUUGACCAUACGGUUGCCAAUAGCGAGUGUCGAUUCGUGUUCUAUCACCGGAGAUUAUAACUACGAUUUCGAAGAUGACCUUUUGGUUCUCCCAUUUUCGCAACUGCCAUCCAUUUAUGAAUACGAAACUGAAUUCCUACCGAAGGACCUAACUUCACUGAGACAGCUUAAAACAACAUAUGACGUUGAUCUUUACGAAGAAAUCCUAUACAACAAAGCCCUUGCUGGCGAUGCCCUCGAGCUGGAUGUUUCCCAAAUGUCCCGUGGAGAGAUAAAACUGAAGUACCAUCCGAACAAGCUCCUCGCUUCAAUAGGAGGGGACAGCUCGUUUUUGUAUCAUUGGACAUUGAUAUCUAGGAACGAGAAUGUUCUAGAUAAGGUUCGCGCCAUUGUGAAUGUAUCCCUUGCGUUUACUCAUAGCUACCUUAUGGUUGGUUGCGACCGAGGGCCGCAGGGCGUGUUUGAUCCGGGGAUGAGUAAAAGGUAUUGUUCAGUCAAACAAAUGGAAAAUGGUAUUGGACCUACAUACGAAUGCACAAUACAUAUUAUGAGGGGACAUAUGAAGGCUGGCAUCCACUGCAGUCCCGGUGAGGAGCUAUUGCCAAACAACUGUGACUCCGUGGGAUAUGAUCUCUACUCCAAUCGUAUAAUACCACCUCCUAGAACUGUUCGAACUGCAACGCGCAACAACAUUCGAGGAUUUCAGGUUUUAGAUUUUUACUUCCUCAACAAUUGCCCUGUCAGCUACGCUUGCGUGUGUGUCGAUCAAGGUGGGUAUGAAAAAUCCAGGCUUGUUUUUGAAACCAAUCGUCACGAGACCGAAACGUACCUAGUGCGUCUCGAAGAAGCGUAUCACAUGGUUGCGCCUCACUUGUUGCCCCCAGUGAGUGAGUUCGGAUUAUCAAAUGAAUUACCGACAUUAACAACAUUGAUUACGGCACCGCACGCAUCGAAAAAGCACAUUAUGCUAAAAGCGGGGACGACGUUGGUCAUGAGUUGCGCUAUUGAUACAGAGGUGCAAAACGUCGAGAAUAAUGGGGCGAUAGACAUUACAUGGCUGCCAGAGAAUUCUGAAUACUUCUAUUAUACAGUGAACCAAACUCCAGGUGGGCCUGCGCUUGUAAAAGCGGCGUACACAGAUUCACUUGUUACUACGCCGGGAGGCCUGGAAGUUAGAUAUAGCGAGUAUGACAAGAGACGACGAUGUAAAGAAUUGGCGAUCACAUCGCAUAGAGGCGCCAUUCUUAUAUCUAAAGAUCCGCUACACAAGAAAUACGUGCCCAUUAGGUACGUCUGCGGUAAGACGCCCGACGCAUCGGACCUCUCCGUCAUCACUGGUAAGAUGUCUGCUUUCCCCAAUCUACCGACUAUCGGAUCCUUGGCACGAUACACGUGGAAUGUCGUUAAGGUUAACGUCGAGACAACGGACCCCUACAUGCAAGGCUGCGGCGUUACCCAGUCAUCCGUUGAAUUAUUCAAACCUGAGACACCCAAACUCUACAACGCCCACGGACAACUCAAGUUUGGUUGCAAGAUCGACAUACAGGCUGCGGGCGAGGCGGCGUUCUACUGCCCUGCGCCAUACGUCCUGGAUCCACCCAACUGCUUCAGCCAGGUAUCUGUGGGCGGUGUUGUCACGAACACAGGUGACCUAAGCAAAUCAUUGGUAUCCUCACAUUCCAACCACUUCGUCAUCCUGCGUUUAUACAGUUCGCUCAUAGGACCCGGUGAGACGAUGCGCCAGACUCCGCCAUUGGAAUGCCGCUGCGUCACCGUAAAGGGCGUCGUUCUCUCAACGGUACAGAUUGAGAAUUACUACGCCAAGUGA